AUGGCCCGCACCCACCCUGUGGAAGGUGGCCCGUGCCACACCUCAGGGGCGCUCAGGGCUCUCCUCCCCGGCAGAGUACGUGGUGGGGGUGCCCAACAAGAGCAACACCAGAGGCGAGGCCUGCUCGCUGACCUGCAGCUGGACCGCCUGAAGCAGAAGCUGGCCAGGAGGGUCUUCCUGCUGCAGAGCCACCAGGACAAAGAAGAAUUCAGGGACAAGCUGAGCCCCAUCGUGGUGAGCCUCAACCUGACGCUGGUGGCGGCACAGGGCACCGAUGCGCUGGGGCUGGUGCUCUAUGGGGACACCCUGGUGCAGGAGCAGACACAUAUUGUACUGGACUGUGGUGAGGACAACAUCUGCAUCCCCGACCUCCGCCUUGCCGCUGACACGCCAGGCACACGCCUGCUCAUUGGGGCAGAGAACGUGGUGCACCUCCGCAUCAAUGCCAGCAAUGCCGGCGAAGGGGCCUUCGAGGCCGAGCUGCGGGUGCAGCUGCAACCCUCUCCCUGA